AUGAUGGAUGCGCAUGAGCAAUUGAAGGUGCUCUGCCUGACAGCGGCUGAUCAAAUCGUCUCUGAGUGCUCCCCAGUCGUGAGGGACGGCAAUGGGAGCACAGGUGUGGCAGACUGUGGUGAGCCUUUGGCACGGCUCCUUGGCAGGCAGGCUUCGCAACUGCUCAAGCUGUAUCAUGACGGCGCAAAAGCUAUCCUUCCGUUGGAGGCAGGUAAGGAGAGGACCCUGCUCCUCAAACGGCUGGACGAUCUUGUAGCGACAUCGUAUGCAAAAUUCUAUGCCUAUCUGUUCAAGGAUCUGCCCGUGUGCUGGCGGCAGCUGUACACGGACGCAAGCAUCCUCAAGUUCGCUCUUCAGUACUUCUCUUGGCCGCUCAGCGAUGCUUCUACCGUUGGCGGGGAGGCCAAGAGAGCAGCCGAAACCGCGCUUAAUGACAUGAUCAGAACGCUUGAUCUCGCCAUCAUUCUCGCCGGAGCAGCUGGAGAGCGCCGAGGAAGGCCAUGGAUCAACCAGGCCUUUGCGCUGCUCGAGCAAGUCUGGCAAGCGUCAUCAUCCGUUACAGGAGAGGCCCUCGAUUCACCACGGCCAUGCAAACGACUCCGAACGUCUGAAGAUCCGGCCAGUCCCAUAAAACUCUGGCACGACAGCCCUUCUUUCUCCCGCCAUGCGCCGUUCACUCCGCCAGUUCGAUCACCCGUGCGACGCGUCCACGACAUGUCACUCGAAGCCUUCCAGCUCUACCUCGACUCUCUACCGCCAGCCUCCCCCCACCACCUCGGGCCCCUCCCGGUGAUCAUAACCGGCCUCACCGACUCGUGGCCUGCGCGAACCACUCAUCCGUGGUGCAAGCCCUCGUACCUCCUCUCUCAGACCUUCUCCGGCCGCCGGCUCGUCCCCGUAGAGCUAGGCCGUAGCUACACCGACGAGGGCUGGAGCCAAAAGAUCCUUCCCUUUGGCGAUUUCCUCGAGCAAUACAUCACCAACCCCACCACCAACAACAACACCACCACCGGCACCAGCAGCAGUGGGACACACAACACCACAGGCUACCUCGCGCAGCACCCUUUGCUGACCCACAUCCCGUCGUUGCUUGACGACAUCCGCCCCGUGCCGGACCUGGUGUACACGUCGCCGCCGCGGCACCCGACGGACCCCUCGCAGGACCAGCCCGAGCUUGCCGCGCCGCAGCUCAACGCCUGGUUCGGCCCACCGGGAACCAUCACGCCGCUGCACACGGACCCGUACCAUAACCUCCUUGCUCAGGUGGUCGGGCGCAAGUAUGUGCGCCUGUACCCGGCCUGGCUGGGCGGCAAGGCCAUGCGCGCUAGGAAAGGUCGGGAUGAGGGUCAGGCUGCGGGUGCGGGUACCAGUGGUGUGGAUAUGAGUAAUACUAGUUGGGUGGAUGUGGGGGUUUUGGAGGGAUGGGAUGAGCCUCCUCUGCCAGUCGAUGACGACGCAGGGGGGAGGGAUGGGGACUUGGAGUUGGAAGGGCGGGUUGAUGUUGGUAGUGGUCUUGGGGAUAGCGGGGAGGACGGAACUAGUGGGGGUAGACGGCGGUGGGGGGACGAUGAGUUUAGGAAGCUGGAGUACUGGGACUGUAUUCUUGAGGAAGGGGAUGUGCUGUACAUACCCAUCGGGUGGUGGCAUUACGUUAGGGGGCUGAGCGUCAGCUUUAGUGUGAGCUUUUGGUGGAAUUGA